AUGGCUCUGAAAAUAUCCUUCCCUGUGCUCCUGCUGCCCCUUGGCCUGCUGGGGGCUUGGCUGGCUCUGGCCAGCGGGCAGCUGUGGAACGAGAAGAAUGACAAAUUCCUGCUGAAGCACUGGAAUUACCCCAGGAGCGAGGACUCCAAUGGCACCUACUGCGACACUAUGAUGCAGAGCCGGGAGAUGUACGGCCAGGAGGCCAACACCUUCAUCCAUGCGCCCAUAGGAGCCAUCAACAGCAUCUGCAACCUGGGCGGGACGCCCGGCAAGCCAAAUGAACGCCACAGCGUCGCUCCCUUUGACAUCACUGUCUGCGCCUUUAACUCGACAGGCCACACCUACGCCGGGACACGCUAUGUCCGCAGAAUUGUCCUCGACUGCCGGAAAGGGGUCCCCAUAGACUAUGUGAGGCACAUAUAG